AUCUUUAUUAUUAGAGCAACGCCCCGCCCCUCCUACCUGUUCAUCUCUCUACCGUUCUCUGGAGCGAGCGGAUCUGACAGGCGCAAUCAGCCUGAGCGGGAGCCGAGGAACAGUGGCGGAAGACUACAUUUACCCGAGAGUUUAUCAUUGUUUGCUGAAUUUAGUGGAAACACCGUUAGAUUAUGUAUUUUGUGUUUUCGCAUCGUGGCUACCGUUUGGGGACUUGAAAUAUAUUCAGCCAUUCGAAAACCAUAUAGGCUAUCGAUUAAAUUGACGUUUAGAAAAGUGAAAUCGAUUGUCCGCGGUUAAUCGACGGAAUCACUGGACGGAAGACGGCUUGAGAGACCGGACAGAAGGUGGUUGAAGAAAACAGCCUUGGUUUAAUGUCGCUGCGCCUAUCAUAAUCUGAAACAUUGGCAGCCUCGAUGCCUGCUAGAUGAGACCAUCUUUGCCAUGGCAUUUGUCCUGAAAGACUUGGAAAACCCCUACAAAUGAAAAACGCUCAACGCUUACUGCGGAUUUAAAUGCUUCUCGCGAAUGGACACCGACCCGCUAUUUCGCUCCAGUUUGUGCGUGCGGCGUUUUCCACUGUAGCGGAAAUCUGAACUAGAUUGCAAUAAACAGUUAAGUGCGGGUGACAAUAAUAUAGAACGCGAAGGGGGGUAUUUUUGUUUCAAGCAAUAUGGCUGGUGAGUGGGGCUGGGGACGCUGGCACAGGCUCUCCAAGGCUCCUAGAUGCUAGCUGAGCCGGAUGCCACCGUUCUCCAUGGAAGCGGCAACUCUAUGAUGAGUAGAAAUAUCUAUCAUAAUAAAAAUCAGGACUCCUCGAUCUCUAUAUCCAAGAUGGACGUGAUUAUCCCCUUCUCGCCAGACGUGCCCUGCGACAAUAAUGGCCAACGCAUGUGGUGGGCAUUCCUCGCCUCCUCUAUGGUGACGUUUUUCGGGGGUCUCUUCAUCAUUCUCCUUUGGAGGACCCUUAAAUACCUGUGGACCGUGUGCUGCCACUGCAACACCAAAAAGAAGGAGGCCCAGAAGGUGAAUAACCCUGCUAACAGUCAGGCAGCAGAUGGGACACCUAAGGGUCCUGAUGAGAAGGACGAAGUGGUACCUGCCAGCGAGGUGGGGUGGAUGACCUCUGUGAAGGACUGGGCCGGGGUCAUGAUAUCAGCACAGACACUCACCGGCAGAGUCCUGGUCGUGCUCGUCUUCGCUCUCAGCAUUGGAGCACUUGGAAUAUACUUUAUAGACUCUUCUGAUCCCAUAGAAUCCUGUCAGAAUUUCUACAAAGAUUUCACGUUACAGAUCGACAUGUUCUUCAAUGUCUUCUUCCUCCUCUACUUUGGGCUGCGGUUCAUAGCAGCCAAUGAUAAGCUGUGGUUCUGGCUGGAGGUCAACUCAGUGGUAGACUUCUUCACUGUUCCUCCUGUCUUCGUAUCGGUCUACUUGAAUAGGAGCUGGCUGGGCUUAAGAUUCCUGAGAGCCUUGAGAUUGAUACAGUUCUCAGAAAUUUUACAGUUUUUGAAUAUCUUAAAAACAAGCAAUUCCAUCAAGCUGGUGAACCUGUGUUCCAUCUUCAUAAGCACAUGGCUAACAGCUGCCGGAUUCAUACAUUUGGUGGAAAACUCAGGGGAUCCUUGGGAAAACUUCCAAAAUUCCCAGUCACUUUCCUAUUGGGAAUGUGUCUACUUGCUCAUGGUCACUAUGUCAACAGUGGGCUACGGGGAUGUCUAUGCAAAAACCACCCUGGGACGCCUGUUCAUGGUCUUCUUCAUCCUUGGGGGUUUGGCCAUGUUUGCCAGCUACGUCCCUGAAAUCAUAGAGUUAAUAGGAAACCGCAAGAAAUAUGGUGGUUCCUAUAGUGCGGUUAAUGGGAGAAAGCACAUUGUGGUCUGUGGUCAUAUAACGCUCGAAAGUGUCUCCAACUUCCUCAAAGACUUCCUACACAAGGACAGGGAUGAUGUCAAUGUAGAAAUUGUUUUUCUCCAUAAUAUUUCCCCUAAUCUUGAGCUGGAAGCCUUGUUCAAACGCCACUUUACCCAAGUGGAGUUCUACCAGGGAUCUGUUCUCAACCCUCACGAUCUGGCCCGAGUGAAGAUUGAGUCAGCAGACGCCUGUCUGAUUCUGGCUAAUAAAUACUGUCCAGAUCCCGAUGCUGAAGAUGCCUCCAACAUCAUGAGGGUCAUCUCUAUCAAGAACUAUUCCCCCAAGAUACGAAUUAUCACUCAAAUGUUACAAUACCAUAACAAGGCUCACCUGCUCAACAUUCCUAGCUGGAACUGGAAGGAGGGGGAUGAUGCGAUCUGUCUAGCAGAGCUGAAGGCUGGCUUCAUAGCUCAGAGCUGUCUAGCCCAGGGCCUCUCCACCAUGCUUGCCAAUCUCUUCUCCAUGAGGUCUUUCAUCGAGAUUGAAGAGGAUACGUGGCAGAAGUACUAUUUAGAAGGGGUAGCUAAUGAGAUGUACACAGAGUAUCUGUCCAGUGCCUUUGUGGGGCUCUCCUUCCCAGCAGUCUGUGAGCUGUGCUACGUGAAGCUGAAGCUGUUGCUUAUCGCCAUCGAGAACAAGUCGGAGCUGGGAGAGAGCAGAAGCCGAAAGCGCAUCCUCAUCAACCCGGGGAACCACGUAAAGAUGCAGGAAGGAACUCUGGGGUUCUUCAUCGCCAGCGAUGCCAAAGAAGUAAAGAGAGCAUUUUUCUACUGCAAAGCUUGUCACGACGACAUCACAGACCCCAAACGGAUCAAAAAGUGCGGCUGCAAACGACUGAUUUAUUCCAAAUAUAAGUAUAAUGGAUAUGUCAGAUCACCAGAGGGCGCUACAACACCAGGGAUAACGGGAAGUCAAAAAGAGACCAGCGUUCGGUUCAAAGCAGAUUGCAAUUUAGUGAAGGAUGAAGUUAGAUCAUCUUUACAAAACCGAUCGAUAAAAAUUGCCAACUGCACCUCGCCGCCCUCCACCAUCACCUCUAAUGCCAUGCGCCCCCAUGCACUGCCUCGCCCCUCCCUCCACCAGGACCCCCCGGUCCCCCAGGGAGAGGUCACCGCCGUACCCCUCGUUAAUAACCGUAAAGGAAGCCUGCUUCCUCCAGGGGUGGGUCUUGGGCCCCAUGGGGGGUUCCGCAUCAGUACCUCAGGCCCCGGCAGGGGUGACACGGCGGGCAGGGCCCUGGCUGAACAGAGCAGGCUGAGCCGGGCCCGCAGCCUGCCGGUGAAAUACUGUUACCACCCCAGUAACGCAUCUCUGCACGGCCACAGCAGCAGGGCCUUUGAAGAUGAGCACCCGUCAACUCUGUCGCCCAAAAAAAAGCAGCGGAACGGAGGCAUGCGAAACUCACCCAACAACUCGCCCAAAAUGAUGAGCAGGCAUGACCCUCUACUAAUCCCUGGGAACGAGCAGAUGGAGAACAUGGACAUGAAUGUGAAGCAGUACGACUCCACGGGAAUGUUCCACUGGUGCCCAUCUAAAGAGAUUGAGAAGGUCAUCCUGACCCGGAGUGAGGCAUCCAUGACGGUGUUGAGCGGCCAUGUAGUGGUCUGUAUAUUUGGAGAUGUCACGUCCGCUCUAGUGGGGCUGCGAAACUUGGUGAUGCCUUUGAGAGCCAGCAACUUCCAUUAUCACGAGCUGAAGCCCAUAGUGUUUGUGGGCUCGCUGGAGUACCUGAGGAGAGAGUGGGAAACUCUACACAACUUCCCCAAGGUCUCCAUACUACCUGGUACGCCAUUAAGUCGUGCAGAUUUAAGGGCUGUCAACAUCAACCUCUGCGACAUGUGCGUGAUACUGUCGGCCAAUCAGAACAAUAUCGACGACGCCUCGCUGCAGGAUAAGGAAUGCAUUCUGGCGUCGCUCAACAUCAAGUCUAUGCAGUUUGACGACAGCAUCGGGCUCUUGCAGGCUAACUCCCAAGGUUUCACGCCUCCUGGAAUGGACCGGUCCUCUCCAGACAGCAGUCCAGUACAUGGUUUAGUACGCCAGGCCUCCGUCACCACCGGCGCCAACAUCCCCAUCAUCACUGAACUAGCUAAACCUGGCAAAAUACUGCCUUUGGUUUCAUUCAGUCAGGAAAAAAACUGUGGAAUCAACAUACAAAUGAUAACUGAGCUGGUGAACGACUCCAACGUUCAGUUCCUGGACCAAGAUGAUGAUGAUGACCCUGACACAGAGCUGUACCUGACACAGCCCUUCGCCUGCGGAACUGCCUUCGCUGUCAGCGUGCUGGACUCUCUCAUGAGUGCAACAUACUUCAACGAUAAUAUCCUCACCCUGAUCCGGACGCUGGUGACUGGGGGAGCCACCCCGGAGCUAGAGGCUCUAUUGGCCGAAGAGAACGCCCUGCGAGGGGGCUACAGCACGCCACAGACACUGGCCAACCGAGACAGGUGUCGUGUAGCCCAGCUAGCCCUCUAUGACGGGCCCUUUGCCGACUUGGGGGAUGGCGGUUGCUAUGGAGAUUUGUUUUGUAAAGCGUUGAAGACGUACAACAUGUUGUGCUUCGGAAUAUACAGAUUGAGAGACGCUCACCUCGCCACGCCUAGCCAGUGUACCAAACGGUAUGUGAUCACCAACCCUCCGUAUGAGUUUGAGCUGGUCCCCACAGACCUGAUCUUCUGCCUGAUGCAGUUUGACCACAACGCGGGCCAGUCCCGGGCCAGCCUCUCCCACAGCUCUCACUCCUCCCAUUCCUCCAGCAAAAAGAGCUCGUCCGUCCACUCCAUCCCCACCACCAACCGGCAGAACCGCAGCAGCAAGGCCCGGGAGGCCGGCCACAAACAGAAUGCAACAAGGAUGAAUAGAAUGAGCCAAGAAAGGAAAUGGUUUACAGAUGAACCAGAAAAUGCCUACCCACGGAACAUUCAGAUCAAGCCCAUGAGCACUCACAUGGCCAACCAAAUCAACCAAUACAAAUCCACUAGCAGUCUGAUUCCACCAAUCAGAGAAGUUGAAGAUGAAUGCUGAAAACCAGGCCCACUUGAUGACUCGUGAGAAGUCUGGAUGCUCUUUCGAAAGGAGAGAAAGGGAGAUGACAAACGGGGAUGAUGAUGUUGAUUCAUUGGUCCUCACUCAUUCUACAGAUCAAGGGUUUGACAUAAACACCACAACUUGAAGGGACCUCCUAUGUGUAUACCUUUAAUGUUACUUCCAUGUUCUACAAUGGACAAUGUUUUAUUUAUCAAUCUUCCAUAGAGAUGUACAUAAUGACAAUCAAAUAAGGAUUGUUCAUCCCCCUAGCACUUUUUAAAAUGAUUUUAAGAGUUGAAAAAGAGAAGAAAAAGUACUUCCUGUCAUUAUUUGCAAUAGUUCACAUCUUUGUGUGACCACACUCCAUGGCUACUGUAGCUGAGGUUACUACUGGUUGUUGGAGGAUGAGGGCCGUGGCAGUUUUCUCAUCACAAUAUCAUAACAUCUCCAAAAGAUCCAGAAAACCGGCUGGGGUUCACCGCUCACCACUCAUACUCCCUAUCUGCUUCUGUUCUAUUUGCACAAAAACUGACCACCUUCUUUUGCAACAUGACGACUUGAAACAUUGAUAUCGUCCCAAAACAACUACCAUCACAGAAAGUGUCAGCUUUUUGGUUUGUUGAUUCACUGAAUGAAAGAAAAGCUGCUUGUCAUUUGGAGAGAUGUAAUGUGGAAAGAUCCAUUACGUCACUGCUUAGGGUAUGCUACUGUAUGUCAUCACACUGUUGAGUAAUCAAUUAAUGCAUUCCAGUCCUGUAGAAUGGGAUCAUAUUGAAAAUCAGGUGUCUUGAGACUCAGAGUACAGUAAGAGACAGUUCUUGGAUAAGCUGGCUGACAGAGUAUAUAGCUACGCUGUACUUACAUCUGUUCUGGUGAUAUCACAAUGAAUAUGGAUGAUAAUGAUGUCUAUGACAGCGUUUCAAGCUCCUAUCAUCGCAUGGUAUGUCCCUGAUCCCUUCUAUAACAAUAGAGCGCAGAUGAGCACCUUAAACUGAAAACAUAAAAGGGAUGAAAUAACAAUCUUGUCCUAUCCCUUAUGUGCAAACAUGAAAGGGGUGAAUGGACAACCUUGUCUCGUCCCUGGCGAAAACAUGAAUGGGGUGAAAAGACAGCCUUCUCUUGCUCCUUGUGUGGACAGACAGAUAUGGUAUGUACAUGCAAUGUGUGUACUGUACAUGGCAGUGACGUGUCCCCUCUGUAAGAACAUUGGUGGUACAUCUGAGUUAAAUGCACAAAUUGGUAUCAUCAUCAUCUCUCCAUCAGCGUGUCUGUGAUGGUGGUUCAGCCUCUGGGGGAGCGUCAUGUGGGAUCAAGGCUACAAUCAUCCAAGACAAAUAGGAACUAGAUCUGUCUGGGGGUUGCGGAUCAACUAAUGAACUAAAUAAACACGUUUCUAUACUUAGUCACAUCACCGGUAAUACACCAACUAUGAUUGAGCUGAACAUUUUUGUUACAAACAUUAGCUGUGUGCCCUAAAACUUUAGGGAAAGCUUUUAAGUCCAAACCUUUGCCAUGAUAUCUUUGGUGAAAAUUGGGAUUUAAGAAUGAAAAAAUAAGCAUCUAAUUUGAAUGUUUUUUGUUUGAUGAGACAUUUGGAGAAGCAAUGCCACAUAUUGCGUAAAAUGGGCAUCAAUGGGUCCUCCUUUGACCAGAACCACUGCCUGGCACAGGGUUGGUAACAGAGGCAGUAAAGAGCUUGGAUGUUCUCCGCUGCCAAUCCUGAUGCCAUCAUAUCACCUCUAAACUCUAUGUAGGUAAACGUUAGGGAAAAGCUCAAUCAUAGUUUGGUUUAAAACGAUGCCGCUGAUGACUAUGAAGAAAGCUGGAGAAUGCUGCCUGUGUUCUUCAUGUUAUGCUGGUCAUGGCAUCAGUGUGUGUGUUCAAAAUGGACAGAUUUUGUUUUGAUCUUAAAGCAACCCAGACAGAGCUGCAGCCUUGGAAAUGAGAGUGUAUGGAGUCACAGAUGAUCCAACUAAAAACUAAACCUGGCUACUUUAUAUAAACAAACAUGAUUAUGUUAUAUCCAUAUGAGCAUACUCAUUUUCUACUUAUUAUUACACAUGACCUAAUGAAUAAUGCUUUAUGAAAGUAAUCCAUUUUUAAUAUUACCAGGCCUUUAAUUGCAUAUAAGAUUUUUAUUCCCAAAUUAAUUGCUUUAUUUAACAUAAUCCUACCAAAAUGAUGAAUAUAAAUUCUGAAAUACUUAUAAUUAGACAUGCAUCAUUGAAGAACAGUAUAAAUCCUCUCUCCUCUUUGCAACAAAGACCAUCCCUGAAAGUAUAGUCAUUAUUAAAAGUCAAUAUUGUAUAGGAGAUUACCUAAAUUUAAGCUUUUGUCUUUAACUGUUGAGUGCUCCUUAAAACGUAGAUGGGCUUAGUUGAAGGAUCUCUGUAGCUGUAUUGAUAAACCUUAUCGCUGUGUAUAAGACUGCUCAUUUUCAUCGACAAGUGAAUACGAAUACAGAUGUGUGAGUCAAAUGGAAAUGGGGUAAAACAAUCGCAAAAAAACUUUAGUUUCAAUGGGUGUAAGUAAUACCCAGACAGAGCCAAUCGGAAAGGUGCAUGAAGCUGGAUCUGAGGCGUUCAGCCAUUUGUUCUCUUCUGAGGGGGAAACUGUGUGACCUUCACUAUCAAUGAUUGACCUAAAUUAGGUCUCUUUCUAAGGAGGGAUACACUGAAGUAUUUAUGUGCGUGUAUACUGUCAUUCUCCAUGGACAUGUUUCAAACUAUGUGACAGAGAGAGAUUAUUAGACCAUCAUCAGGUUGUUUGCAGUGAACAGAUAGCCAUGAUAAUAUAGACAAAAGAUCAUGUAUUUCUAAAGACCUGUCAUUCGUGAGACCCCCCCCCCCCCCCCCCUCCAAAAAAAAAAAAAUCUGUCUAUCUAAAUAUGUUGUGUAAAUUCCUCCCAUUAUAUAGAUCACAUGACUUUCUGAAGCAAAAUGACCUAAGCUUUCUGUCUGUCUAUUGGGUGUGUUGCAACUCUACUGUGGGCUCAUUGACAUUGUCCUGAGGUGAACUUUUGAAUUGUGAUUACAUUGUCGUCACACUUUGUAGCAAGUAGAAUUAUUUUCAGAAAAUAUGUGAGUAAAAAUCUAUGUAUAAUUGGGUUGUUAAUAAUAUACUUGCUAGUGUGAAAAAUAAGGAAUUGAUAUUUGAUACUGACAAUGACUUAAUUCAUUAUACAUAGUAUUGACAAAGGACAAAAUUAUUAUUUUGCCAUAUAUGAAGAAAAAAAAUGAAAAACUAGACUUUUGAAAUUAAAGAUCCUUUUCCACAUUAGAACAACAAAUUUGGAAAGAGCCGGUGUAAUUUGACCUGGUAAUAUCAACCAUCACAGAGAUGCAGACAUAGGGUAGCACCAAUUCAGCAAGGCAUAUCACAAUAAAGAGAGGACAUACUUAAUUUUACUGUUCUUGUUAAAAUAGUUUUUUCUUAUCAGGUUUACAUUCCAUUUUGUCAGCUCUAGUCAAUUAUGUUACCAUAGUAAUAUCCAUGGAUUGUUUGAAACUGUCACUACUGCUUAUUGAUUGUUUACAGAGUUUUCUUUUUUGUAUUCAGAAGUACUUAAAUACCACUUUACUCAGAAAUCAAAUGGUACAAAUCACAACCCAAAGCAGACACAUACUUACAGAAUAGUCCAUUUCAUUGUAUCUAAAUGUUUGUUUGUUUUUUCAAUACGUGUACCCACAAUUUGUGUGACUGGUUUGACUCAAACUGGGAAAAAAAAUCACAACACUGGACUGAAACCUGUUCUUACAUUCUAAGGUCUUUAAGCUUUAUCUCUUUCCAGCGCAAAUACUCCACAAAUCUAAGGUACUGCUCUAUACCAUAUCAUACGUUUGUAUUAGAUGUUGAAGUCUUUGCAAUGUACACCUCUAAAGUUUUAGAGUGUUUUGAAGUGCCAUGAAAAGUGUUGUUGAACAAGCAUCGUCCAGUCAUUCACAGACUCACUCACUUAUUCAGAAUGAGUAAGGGUUGAGUUAGUUCCUCUCAGAAAGGGAAGUAAAUGUAUUCGAGCAUGGCAUCUUAUACUGGCAUGGGGAACAUCCAAGCCAUCAAUGCAUCCAUGCCAGUAGAGUGCCAGGCAGUGCUGUAGGUCUAAAGGAGGGCCUGUUUGAAGACCCACUAUAGCAAAAAGUGGCAUUGAAAAGGAGGGAAGGGUACAUGGGGCAGGGACACUGCUCAUCAACCUUCAACAUAUCAUGCAUCUGUGUUGGUCGUACUGUCUGUAGCCUAAGGUACCUAACUUGUUGUUAGGAGACUGCAGAGAGAUAUGUUAAAACAUGUUUGUUGUGUGGUAGAAGGUAUGAAUGACUGAAGGAUGCACAGAGAGCACAGGCCAGGCUGUUUCAUGUGCUUGAGAACACCUGUCGGUGUUUUAGUCAACUUAAGAGUCAGGACUAUGAAACUUCACACAUUGUUUCAUAUUUUUGUUAAUCUAUUUUCUUGCUGUAAAGGAUGGAUAUAACUUAUUUGCUGGAAAAUGUACUAGAUGUAAUAAAAUAUAUAAUACUAUGGGGGAUUUAAGUCUUAACAACACAUUGAUAUUGCAGUUGGCAAUUUUGAAGUUGAUUUUGAUGGAGGAAAAAAAAUGCAGUUUUUUUGUGGGGGGGGGGGGGGGGGUGGUGGUGGUGGGGGGCUGCCUAUCAGUUCAGAUGGAAUUCAGGACAUUGCUCUCACAUGUCACAUAUCUGAUUCUUUGGCACAUGGUCAUUGCAGGAAUCGGGAGUUUGAAAUAGCCUACUUAGUUUUGUCGAAGCGAAAAUAGAUAUAUGGAGAAUUUGAUGGUGCUGAGUUGAUCUACCUGACUCUGUCAAAUAUAAUCUGCUGAUAAAUAUACUGUCUUGUACAAAAAGUUUGUACAUAAAUUGUACAUGAUUUCUUUUUGUAUUUUCUCAAAUUAAAAUGGAUGUAUUUGUGUUCUAAAACUG